GGGGGAUGGGGAGGAACACUGCCGGGGGUUAUAAGAGCGGUUUAAGACCAGGACAUGGUCACUCGUGCAAGCCUGUGAGGUGAGAUAUGGAUAUAUCUCUCUGGACCUAGGCUGACACUUCUUUUUAUAUAUUGACCUUGGCUAAAGAUAAACUGAUUCUAGGACUCGAUCGGAAACAGUGUACGGUAACGUCACCAAGAUGAUCCUGACGGCCAUUAUAGUGGCAGGUUUGGUGACAUUAAGUCAACAGGCCGCCAUCAGCACCGGAUACAGAGAUGGAAAUUGCAGUGCCAGUGCAUACUUAUAUUGUGACCCCAACGCCAACUGCGUUGACGCCCCAGAGACACAACAGUACACGUGUCAGUGUCAGGCCAACGCUACAGGAGACGGGUUCAAAACCGAAGUAGGAGGAACGGGUUGCAAGUAUUCUUUCAAAACGUGUGCCAACAUCAACGAUUGUCCACAGUAUGCCAACUGUACCUCAGAACACAAGUGUGUGUGUAACAAAGGCUUUCAAGGGGAUGGAUUCACUUGCAUAGACAUUAACGAAUGUCCCAGCCCACUGUGUGACCCUAACGCUCUAUGUUCUAACUCGCCUGGAAGUUUCAAGUGCAUCUGUGACGCCAACAGACAUUACGUCGGAGAUGGUUUCACGUGUUCUUUCAAAUGUGGCAGCAACAACGACUGUGACGCCCCGAGAGCCAUCUGCAACGACGUUAACGCUUGCGUCUGUAUCAAGGGUUAUCAAGGAGACGGCAGGCAGUGCACUGACAUUAACGAGUGUGCCAACAAAACAUUGAACAAUUGUAAUGCUAAUGCCAACUGUAUCAACACAGUGGGUAGUUUCAAGUGUGAGUGUAAAAAUGGUUAUGUUGGGAACGGAGUGUCUAAUUGUACUGCUUUGCCCAAGAAUUGUAAAGAAAUCUCGAACUUUGUCAAUGGUAAUAAAUAUAGGAUUGACCCAGACUUCACUGGACCUGCCAACGCUUUCACUGUUAUCUGUGAUAAAGUGAACGGAAAUGUCGUCACCAAAGUCCCCGCCACCGGCCCUUUCCCUAUGAAUACACCCGAUACUGCAGGAAACUUGACAAUUCUUUAUGAACCACAGCCUUCCGACAUCAAACCUUUGCUAGAACUUUCAGUUUUCUGUUAUCAAGACAUUUCGUUCACGUGCAGUGCUAGAUACUCUCUCCUUCCCGGCAUGCAGUGGACCGAUGCUUAUGGAAAUAUUUACAACAAUUGGGGCAGUACUUUUAAUGGCCAAUGUGCUUGUGGUGAACUGGGCAUGUGUACAAUGCCGGACUCAGCUUGCAACUGUGACGGGAACCAAACCAGCACCGACGUGGACUCUGGCCGUAUUGUGGAGAAAUCUAAGCUCCCAGUGACCAGUCUCAUCUUUAGCAACGCCUUCACUUCCAGGGGCCGCGUUGACAUUCAGCCAUUGAUCUGCGCAGACAAACCCGUGGGCCUUCCCAAAGACUGCCACGAUGCUAAGUUCUACUACAGCCUGAAGAAGAAUGCCAUUAUCUACAUUAAACCAGACGUGAACGGACCACUAGCGCCAUCUUUGGUCAAGUGUGAUGUUGAGACUUACUACCAUGCUGGAAUUACCAUUGUACCAGUUAAAAACCCUGUCAUCACGCCAACUAUUACAACUACAGCAAGUAUCCGCUACCCACUAGACCUACCCAGGAUAAACGCUAUCAUCACAGGAUCCAAAUAUUGCUCUCAGUAUGUGGAGUUCACUUGUAAGAAUUCAAAACUGAUGGCCGGUGGCGGCUAUGUGUCAGUGGGCAGCGCCAAAAGGAGGCUCGAUUACUUCCCAGGUGCCGCAGGGGUGCAGAACAGUUGUGGCUGUGGCGCCACCGCGUCCUGCAGCGCCCCAACUGUCAAGUGCAACUGUGACAUCGGCGAUGAUGUCGAGAGAAAAGACUUCGGAAUCAUCUUCAACAAGACUGACCUGCCCAUUGUCGAAGUCGCCGCUGAGAUUGGACAGACCAAAAGUGGAACGUAUAGAUUGUCAAACCUGCAGUGUGCCGGCAUUCAAUUCGGAAUUCCACCAAAUUGUGACAAGGCCAGAAUUGAUGGCGCUAGAGAAAGUUACACAUAUUACAUUGAUCCAGAUGGUCCAACUGGAAAACUGGAUCCAUUGCUAGCAGAGUGUAAGUUUGUCUCUAAUCCUCCCCAGGGAAUCACCAUUAUACAUCACAACAAUGAAAAACCAAAACCAAUUUAUGACGUCAACUGGAUUUUGACUUACCUUCAAGCUUCUAAAGAUCAAAUCGAAUCCCUGAAAAUAAGGUCAACUACAUGUACACAGGAGAUCAGUGUCGGUUGUCAAGGAGUGAAAAUCAGGUCCAACGUAGGACCAAUCAACUUCAAAGGUCCCAGCAACGUGACCUUGGCCUUGACAGACUACUUACAAACAUGUGCUCCCAAUGGCACACGAUGCAACUGCAAUGGUUUGGUUGACAGUUCGGAUAAUGGUAUUGUUGACAGCAUGCAGAAUGUCCCUAUCAAUAGCAUCGACUUCAGCAAUCUCUUCAGUCAAAACACAAACAGCGGACUAACAGUCACAGUUGGUCCACUAAAGUGUUCCGAAAUCUUCCAAACUUGCGCUGCUCUGCAAGAAUUUCUUCUGAGUAACCGAACAGCUUAUGGAGAGUCCUAUCGUCUUACAACGAACCUUGUGACCAUCGACCCUGACGGAUCCGGUGAGGUGCCUCCAAUGGCCGUUAAAUGCAGUUUAUACUCCACAACUGUCAUAUUAAUUCCACCCAAUAUGACACUUCAGACUGAUCCCACAAAUCCCAAUCCAGUAAGCAUGUGUUAUGACAUCACCUACACUAACGAGAACGGUGACAUCAUCUCUCCAGCACAAAUCAGUGCUCUGGUCAAGAGAUCAGGCAAAUGCAGACAAGAUCUCCUUCUGGAAUGUAAAAACGCAGCAGCCAGUGGUAAUGUCAACUAUACCUCCUGCGAUGGUGCGCCCCAGAAAGGCUGGGCUGGUAGCUUCAACCAAGAUAAGUGUGCUUGUGGUGUCAACGGAAACUGUGCUGGAGGUCCUUUGGCCAAAUGUAACUGUGACAUGGCUGAUGGUGCCACCCGUUGGGAUACUGGUACCAUCAUCAACAAUAAUAGUCUGCCUGUCUGUCAGAUCUGUUUCAGCAUCACUCCUAAGACUGUAGCAGCAGGAAAAACUCCUCCAGUUUCUUCAUUAAAGUACAAAUUAGGAGAACUGGUGUGUGAUGGAGGUCAAGGAACAAUGAAGAACUGCCAAGAUGCACGUCUUAAUUAUGGAUCAUCAGUCACUGGUGACUAUGAAGGUGCUGUUGCAUUGAAUUCAGAUCCACCUGUACCUGUAGGCUGCAAAAUGUUGCCAAACCCCCCCAUUGGUAUAAUGACUGUGAAAGCGACAAACAAUCUGAUUCCAACCAACCAAACCAUUGAAGUCAUCUUAAACUACGUCACCAUCGACAUCAAUGUAAUCAUUAAGUUUAUCUCUCAAAGUGAAUACUGCUCCCAGAAGCUAUAUUUCUUCUGUGCAUCUGAUAACACUUUCCUGCUUGGAGGCAAAUAUGGCAUCUAUAACAACAGGGGAGAGUUGUCAUACGAGUGGACCCAGAUCCCAGACUCUAAUGAUGCUAUAACUACUGCAUGUACCAAAAACAAAGAUCUCUGCACCAGGUGUGGAAGACCAAGAGGAUUUUUGCUGACUAAAAAAGAGAAUUUACCCAUUUCAAGAAUUUCAUUAGCUGGUGGCGGAGCCACACUUUACAUUGGUGAUGUUGAAUGUCUUGAUCUGAAGAAAACUUGUCAUGAAAUAAUGGGUGUCUCAGAUAGAAAGACAGGCUUUGUUAGUGGGAAAAAAUUUGUCAUUGACCCUGACAGUGCUCUAUUGGUCCAGCCUUUUGUAGUGAAUUGUGAAUUUGAUGAUACUAAUACCAAUGGUGUUACAGAGGUGCCAUUAGCAAGUAAUUCAUCUGGAUCACUUCAUGUUAUAGACAAAGAUGGAGUGGACACAUUUGUAAUACCACUGCAAUACGAUGGGGCUACACCUGAACAAAUCAAUGCAUUGACUAUAAUAAGCGAUUUCUGUUGGCAGGGAAUGAAAUAUGAAUGCUCCUAUUCUCCAAUUCAUAAAAACAAUCAGACAACUUCCUAUUACAAAAUGUACAAUGGACUUCGAUCAGCAGCCUUUGCAACAGGCUAUGACACAACUUUCCCUGGCUGUGCUUGUGGUUUUGCUGGAACCUGCAUCCCUGGCUAUUCCUGUAACUGUGAUGCUGUAGGCAGAAUGGCUGUUGACCAAGGAGCCAUCACAAAUACUAAUGCUUUGCCAAUCACAGGUCUGUCUGUUGGUGGCCAAACUAAAGGCGUCUCCAGUGCAGAUGUACGAGCUACAAACGUUCGUUGCAGUCCCAAACCCUAUGAUCCUCCAAAGCAGUGUAACCAAGGAUUCCAGUGGAAAAGUAAAAAUGGUGUAGACUACAUCUAUAGUUCUGAAUAUUUGAUAAGCCCUGACCCCUUAAAGAUCAAACCUUUCAUGGUUAGAUGUGACAAGGAUCUCUUCCCUGGCACUGUUGUCACAAUUAUACGACCAACCAUUCAACCCAACACUCCAGUAGUCAAAAACCCAGACAAUCCUUACCAGAUCCCUUACUAUGGACCCACAGAUGAACAGAUUUUGUCAUUGGUUUCAGUAUCUGGCUACUGUUACCAGGCAGUCAAAUAUGAUUGCUUUGCUAGUACACUCAUGUCUGAAGGCAAUUAUUGGCUGACUAUGAGUUCCAGGGACAAACGUUUUUUCUGGGGUGGUGGUGAACCUAGUGCUGAUGCAAAGAGUGGUGUUUGUGCCUGUGGUAAACAGAAGAGUUGUGGAGGCUUAGAUUCAGCUACAAGUCAGUUGAGCAGACGCUGCAACUGUGAUGCUGCAGACAAUACCUUCCGUUCUGAUGCUGGAAUCAUCACUGAGAAGGAGUAUUUACCCAUAAGUCAACUUUGGUUAGCUCGUUAUGCCAAGUUCCAAUCUGUAAACAUAACAGUGGGAGACUUGAUUUGUUCUGAAACUCCUUUGACUUUCAACGAAUGUGACCUUGGAUUCCAUGACUGUCACCCAAUGGCCAGAUGUGUGGAUGAGGAAGAUGGCUACCGAUGUGUUUGCAAAGAAGGAUGGAAUGGCAAAGGUAUUCCACUGUUGCUCAGAAAUCCAAGAUCCAAUGGAAGAGAAUGCAUUGAUGAUAAUGAGUGUGUUGCUUAUGAACCAUGUCCCUACAAUGCUAACUGCACCAACAUACCAGGAGAUUUUUACUGCACAUGCAAGGAAGGCUACAGACAGACUGGAAAAACCUCUUGCGAAGAUAUUGAUGAGUGUGCUGACUCUUCUCUUAACAAUUGUGACAAGAAUGCCAGAUGUGAGAACUUGGAUGGAAGUUACAGGUGUCUUUGUGAAAGAGGUUACCGUGGUGAUGGUGUCACUUGCAUACCUGUUGGUGAAUGCUCUUGCUUUGGAGACACUCACUGUAUCAGUUAUGAUAAUCGAUGGUUGCAUUACCAGAGACCCUGCUGGAGUAUUAUGUCUCAAGAUGGCUGCGGGGAUGGAGAGACACCUACAUUCAGAGUCCUUAUUCAACAAUGGCAGAAGAACAAUACACAACCAGGAAACUAUGCUUGGGUCAAGGCUGUCAAGAUUGAAAUCUUCAACCAGGAAAUUAUUCUAGAACAAAACAAACGCAUCUUAGUGAAUGGCAUAGCAACAAAACAAUAUUUUGAUCAGUACUAUUUCAGCGUUAUAUCUACACUUAAUCAUGUGAUCUUCCAGUCAGUAGUAGGUCUAAAAGUGACAUUUAAUGGCGGAGAUGUGGUCCAGGUGACAGUCCCUCAAGGCACAACCGGCAAAGUUUGCGGUCUUUGUGGUAACUACAAUGGUCAAAGUCCUGAUGACCAUGAACUUGGGCCUACUUGUCCAGACCAACGUGGCCUCCUAACUGACAAUGAAGACCUGUUUGGUAGGUCAUGGACUCUUCGUGAAGAGCAAUCAGACGUGUGUAAUGUGGAUUGCGGAGAUACCAAGCCACCUGUGGAUAAAUGUAACUUGCCAAUGGCACUAAUACAGAAAGAAUGUGACAAGCUUAUGAAUCUCAACACCUCACCAUUUAAGAGUUGCCUGAUGGUUAAAAAAGAGAUUGAUGUUGAACAGCUGAGGAAGUCUUGUGAGAUUGAUUUGUGCUAUGUUGAGGAUAACUUGGACGAUGCUAUCUGCAGAUUUGCUGAAACAAUGAGCUAUGACUGCACAGAAAAUGAAAAGAUUGAAGUCAAGAAUUGGAAAGUUGAUGUUACAGCUUGUAAAAAGCCAACAUGCCCCAACAACAUGGUGUAUCAAACCUGUGGUCCAGCCCAACAAGAGACUUGCAUUAGCAAACCUGUUCAGAGUAACCUGACUCUGGUCAAUGACACCAUACCUUGCAAUGAAGGAUGUUUCUGUGCUGCUGGGCUGGUCAUGGAAGGAGACAAGUGCAUCAAGAAGGAGCAGUGUGGAUGUUUUUACAACAACGGCUAUAUGGCUACCAAUGAUAAACUCAUACUUUCUGACUGUUCCUAUGAGAUCGUAUGUUAUGGUAAGAACUCGACUGGGGAGUUCCCUGUCACGUGCCAAGAGAACGAAGCCUGUAGCACUAAAGAUGGAGUCACAGGAUGUUACUGUGCUGAAGGUUACACAAUGAAACCAGGACAGACCACAUGCGAACCUGAUGUGUGCAGAGAUGUUGUGUGUAGUGUGCCCAACAUGGAGUGUGUCAACGGCACAUGCCAGUGUAAAAUGGGAUUCAUCGGAGACUGCAAUCAGUGUGAAGAUGUUGAUGAGUGCGCCACUGGGCUGGACAACUGUAACAUGGUUGGUCAAACUUGUAUCAAUCUGGAGGGCUCUUUCAAAUGUGGCUGUGCUGAAGGUUUUAUAGUUAGUGGAACAAUCUGUAAAGAUAUUGAUGAAUGCGACUAUGGUAUAGCCAAUUGUGGCAAUCACUCAGAGUGUGUCAACACUGUCGGAAAUUUCUUGUGUGAGUGUUGCGCUGGAUACAAGAAAGAUCCUAGUGGAAACUGUAUCAGAGACACAACUCAGACUACAGCACCCAAUGGCCUGUGUUGUGCCUGCCAGGGAGAGAAGUGUAAUGACACUGGAAAGGUUUGUGGCUCUGACGGCAACACUUACUCUGACUAUAGGUCACUGUCCAUCUCUGCUUGUAAGGCAGGGAAAUCUGACCUCACAGUGGAUUAUAAAGGUGCCUGUCAAGGUUCUUGUUCUACAGUUGUCUGUGACAAACAAUACUCCAACUGUUCUGUACAGAAUGGAAAGCCUAAAUGUUCUUGUCCCAAGUGUGACAACUCUACAGCUACUUUCACUGAUGAAACUGUCUGUGCCUCAAACAAGAUUACCUACACCAGCAUCUGCCACAUGAAGCAAGCUACUUGUGAGGCCGACAUUGAGACCACUGUGGAAGUAGAGUUUGUUGGCAAACCUUGCCCAGGGAAAGGAUCACAACCUCCAACUGGACCUUGGGGUGAAUGGGGCGACUGCAGUGAGCAGUGUAAACAAGGAACAAAGAACAGGACCAGGGAAGUGUAUGUUCCAAAUGAAGACAAUAAGAUUCAUGACACCGAGUACAUACCUUGCUACAACUCCUGUCCAAAUGGGCCUUGUACUCAAGAAACCUGUGUUGAGCCUGGCCAAGUUUGUGUGGCGGAUGACAAUAACAACCCAUCUUGCCAAUGUCCAACUUGUGAAUUGUUUGAGCCUAAGCCUAUCUGCACUAGGGUUUUCAAUGUCAUUAAGACUUAUGAGAAUGAAUGUGAGUUGCAGAAGAAGAUCUGUCAACUCCAGACGAAUGAUUAUGAGAUUUUGGAGCCAAGAGCUUGUGAAGAUAAACCUGUCAAAUGUGGCCUGGUAAGAAACUACAAAAUUGAGACACGCAAUGGAUGUAUAGCAGACAGUCACAUCAACUUUGGAGCUUGUUAUGGAGGCUGUGAUAAUGAAGCAAAUGACUGCUGUGUAGGAAAUGAGAAAGGAUCUGCCACAGCCACCUUGCACUGUCCUGAUGGAAAGAACUUUGAGCAAAUUUUUGAGACAAUAGUCGGCUGCAACUGUGUGCCUAAAUAUAGUGAUACCAAUCAAGUUGAUUCUUAAAUAUUGUACUUUCAAUACUUUUGAUUGGCAAUAAUUUUGUUUUUAAUUUACUCAUUUGUUUUUUGUGUUGGUUUUUUUUUUCUUAAUCAUGAAGCAAUAAAAAUGUUUCUGAAAUAACCUGUUCUGUAAGUUUUGAUUCUACUGUUAGUUUAUGCCCAAACUUGUUAUGCUUAGGAAAUAUUUAUAUCACGCAUUGAUUUAGCAAAAUUUACUAAAUGAGAUUUUUUUUUUAAAUGUGCACUAUGGAUUCUGUCUUUGAUAAAUAUUUCGCUCCAUUACCUCUUACAACUGGAUAAAUAAAGGAUUGUAUAUUAAUACAUUUUGGCAGUUUUUGAUUUAGUAAAAAAGUUAUUUUAAGACAAAAAAAAAUUGAUUUGUAUUAAUUGUAAUUGUCAUCUAACUCAUUGAAAAGGAAAUGAAUUUAAGUGUUCAGGAUAUUGUAGACUUUCAGAUGAUGACUGAUUCACCAUGUUAAUGAUUGUUACUGUAACAUUAAUUCUUAAUUACCAAAUGGAAAAGUUUCUUUAAAAACGAAAAUUUUUUUUAUAAGUACACAUAGGUGUUUUAACUAAGACUGAAAAAUGUUUACUACAAGGAUGUCAGGGUAAUACUUUUACUUUUAUCUCUACUUUUUAAUUUCUAUUUGAAAUGCUGGAUACUUGGAUCUUAUAGUGUUAGUUUUUACAAUUGCUAAAUAUCCUUAUAAGUUUAAAAAUUUUAAAACUAAAUUCUUCCCAUUUGUUGAGUAGUACUGUGUUUUCUGUACAAAAUAAAAUGUUUUUACACUUGUGUACUCCUCACAUUCCACUAAAAAAACAAUACAAAUCAUUCAAGAGUUUAGCUACCAAUAUACUUACAUUCAAGAGUUUAGCUACCAAUAUACUUACAUUCAAGAGUUUAUUUACUUUGAAGAUUGACAGUCGAACAUUAUUCAGCGUAUUCAAAGAAAAAUUAGCUUUCAGAUUUCUACAUCUAUAAAUGCAUUGCAAGCAAGCACCCUUUGAAAACAUUGUUCCUAUUUGAGUAGUAGUAAAAUGUAUAAUCGACAAUUAAUAUUUUUAGGACACAUGUCAGAUGGCAUUUUUUGUUUUUCAAAUAACAACCAAUGUUUUUCAAUCAGUAACCAAUGUUCUUCAAUCAUUUAUAUAAAUAUGGGAUGCUAUCAACAUAACACAUUAUUUUGUACACUUAAAUGUUAAAAGGAAAGUUUCUGAAUACAUUUCACCCCUUGACAAAAACACUAGUCUAUGUUGCCUAUCUGUACUUAGAGGCCCUUUGUUUCUUAUGUACUAAAGCUAAUACUUGCCUCCUCCUUAUUUGUGAUCAAGUCAAAUGUCUUUCUAAAAUUUUUAGUUUGGUAUUUAAGGUAAUGUACAGAUUUUUUCUUUGUCAUAUGUAAUUGUGAUAAAAUUACAGAUAAUGAAAAUUUUAUUUUUUUUCUGUUUUUUUUUUCUGACCAGAGUUUUUCUAGUUUGGCAUGGUCAUUAUUUGAAAUUUACUUUUGAACAAAAUAUAUGAUAGAACUGAAAUAAAUUAACUAGAUUGAAAUA